AUGUCCUGUAGAGUAGGUGUAGCACAAAUAUGUUCAACUUCAAAUAUAAAACACAAUUUAGAUUUAUGUUUUGACUUUAUUGGUAAAGCUUUGGAAAAAGAUGUUCGUGUUUUAUUUUUUCCAGAGGCUACAGACUAUAUUGCUCAAAGCAGUGCAGAAUCCAAGAAACUAGCAAAAUCUACAAAUGCUGAGUUUAUAAUCCCUCUCCAAGAACAUUUGAAAAAGUUGAAAAAAGAAAUUGAUGUAUCAAUAGGUGUGCAUUUACCAGAAAUAAAUGACCCUAAUGAUAGAGUGCGCAAUUGUCUAUUAUAUAUUAAUCACGCAGGUACAAUUAUGUCAACUUACCAGAAAUUGCACUUGUUUGAUGUUCCAGGCAGCAAUCUUUAUGAAUCUAAAACUGUAGUCCCCGGAAUGAAGGCACCUAUUCCAAUAAAGACACCUAUUGGUAUGUUGGGACCAUCGAUUUGUUAUGAUAUUAGGUUCCCAGAACAAGGUUUAUAUUUACGUUCAAAAGGAUCAGAUAUAAUUACUUACCCAAGUGCUUUCACUGUUAAAACAGGAGAAGCACAUUGGGAAAUAUUGGGUAGAUGUCGAGCAAUUGAAACACAAUGUUAUGUUUUGAUGCCAGGCCAAUAUGGUAAGCAUAAUGGAAAAAGAGAGUCAUAUGGCCAUUCCAUGAUUAUAGAUCCUUGGGGGACUGUUAUAGCAGAGGCUGUGAAAAAUGAGGAUGAAUUGUUAGUGGCAGAAAUAGAUCAUUAUAAACUAGCAGAAAUUAGAAAAAAUAUGCCCCUAUUGGAACAAGCAAGGCAUGAUAUUUUUGAUUCUGUUUCUUGA